CUUCAUGCUACCGCUGUGGGCCGGCAAUCAAGAAUACGCAGGACAGCCUUGACCUAUAAUGCUUCCCUCGAGGACAUGUUACACACUGCAGAUGAACGAUGGAAAGAUUUCCCUGGCUAUCGAUCAGUAUCAUCGAAGGAUUGGGAGCCAGAUAUGGAUUCUCAUGUAAUUCUGGCCGCGUGUCAGAGUGAUGAGGUUGUGAUGGAGGUGAAGGGAAGGGAGGGAUUCGGUGGGGCAUUUACUAAGGAACUUGUUCGUGUUUUGGGGUCGACUGAUUGCAAGGAGGAAACGACGUAUGAUGAUCUCAUCCGGCUUCUAAAUCAGUUGCCUUACCAGAUGCCGCUCGCUGACGGGACACGGAGGUCUAAGCCCAUUUUUAAUCGAGCAUCAUCUCGAUUUUGGGCUGUCCUCAUCGGCAUCGACGCGUACAAGCGCAAUCCUUUACGAGGACGCGUAUCCGACGCUCUAUUAAUAAAGAGCUACUUAACCAACGACCUUGGCGUGCCAGAAAACCGUAUCCAAUGUCUCCUCGGCUCCACAUAUCCAGACCCUGAUGAUCCCAAGUCGAUGCCUUCCCGCGCCAACAUUUUAGAUACGCUCUACGGUCUUGCUAACAACCCUGAAAUUAAGCGAGGCGACAGUAUUAUCGUCUACUUCUCUGGGGCAGGUUGUUACUAUCGCUGCUCAGAGCAUCUUUAUACAGUGAAAUGCCCCAGCGGUUUCUGCCCCACCGAAGUUCUGUGGCCCAUCGAUCGCAAUACCCGGGAUGCUGACGGAAACUGGAUACCUGACAUCAGCGACCGAGAGCUCAACAGUCUUUUUGCAUGGAUAUGUCGUGCUAAGGGGCAUAAAAUCACAUUCAUUGUAGACUCCGGUUACAGCGGUGCCAUGAACAGGGGACAGCAACCAAGAAUAUGCAGCACGACCUUCAAGUUGACAUCUAAUGCUUUCCUCGAGAGCAUAUUACAUGCUGCAGAUGAAAGAUGGAAACAUUUCCUUGGCUAUCAAUCAGUAUUAUCGAAGGAUUGGCGGCCAGAUACGGACUCUCACGUAAUUCUGGCAGCAUGUCGGUCUUUAGAGAUGUACGGAAGGAAUGGAUACAGCAGGAUCUUUACCGAGAUACUCCUUCGUGUUUUGAGGUCGACUGGCUGGAAGAAGGAAAUGACGUAUGAUGAUCUCGUCAAUCUUAUGAGUCAGUCACUUUCGGCACGAUUUUCAUUAGUUCCAUUUCCGCGCGUUUCCGGGAAACGAAUGAAGGAGCGCCUUUGGUAUUAGGGUGAUUACCAUACACUGUGGUAGUCGUAAUCAUGUAUAACAGUAGCUUGGUUUGAAUAUAUUCUAUUAUCAAUAAAUAUGGAGACAAUCAGCAGCUCGUCGAGCAUUUCCGGUCCGUGAGACGUAUUCUCGAUUGGAUUAUCCUCCAGUGAAAUAUCGCACGUCAUAGCUUCCCCCCUCCGCCAUAAGAGGAAAAGCCCACCUUUCUGCCGUA